AAAGAGUACUCUGCAUUUGUUUCUCCUUCAGAACAGCACUCGUUUUGCCUCUGCCCACAGUUCUCCUCUCGUCGACUCUGUUUGAUACCCGCAUCGGACCAAAACUCUCCUCUCUCUCUCUCUCUCCUUCAACACUCGAAAUGCCCGAACCGGAAUCGCAGAACGGACUUCAACCACCGCCCGAACCUGAAUCCCAACCAAAUCCCCUGCCGGAAACAGAACCAGAACCAGAACCAGAACCAGAACCAGAGCCAACAGAAGUACCACAAACACAAGCACAAUUGGAGCCGAAAUCGGGAUCCGAAGUUGAUCCAUCGGUAAACGGAGCAGAUCUCAGGGAAAGCGCGAUCCAUUCCAAUGACGCCGAUGCUAAUCCUUCUCCCAAACCUCAGCUCCGAAAAGACGAAGGAAGUCGAACUUUCACCAUGAGAGAAUUGCUAAAUGGAUUGAAAAACGAUUCCGAACCCGAGAGAGAAGAUGCCAACUCUCCCUACAGCCCAGAAGGUCAACAGCAACAGCAGACGGACCAGAACAACGCUGCAAUGGAUUUGAUAAAUAGUGUUGUAGGUGUGGAUGAAGAGGGCCGGUCCCGACAAAGGAUUCUUACAUUCGCUGCCAGGAGGUAUGCUACUGCAAUUGAGAGGAACCCUGAUGAUUAUGAUGCACUAUACAACUGGGCAUUGGUGCUUCAGGAAAGUGCUGAUAAUGUUAGUCCAGAUUCCACUUCACCUUCUAAAGAUGCUUUGCUUGAGGAGGCAUGUAAGAAGUAUGAUGAGGCCACUUGCCUUUGUCCCACACUACAUGAUGCUUUCUACAAUUGGGCUAUAGCAAUCUCUGAUCGGGCAAAGAUGCGUGGCCGCACAAAGGAAGCUGAAGAGCUAUGGAAACAGGCAACAAGGAAUUAUGAAAAAGCAGUCCACCUGAACUGGAACAGUCCUCAGGCACUUAAUAACUGGGGACUUGCUCUUCAGGAACUCAGUGCCAUUGUUCCAGCUCGAGAAAAGCAAAAGAUUGUGAGAACAGCUAUCAGCAAGUUUCGUGCAGCCAUACAGUUGCAAUUUGAUUUCCAUCGGGCAAUUUACAAUCUUGGAACUGUUCUGUACGGAUUAGCAGAGGACACUUUAAGAACUGGGGGAUUGGUGAGUGCCCAAGAAGUUUCACCAAAUGAGUUGUACAGCCAGUCUGCAAUAUAUAUUGCUGCUGCUCAUGCUUUGAAACCAAAUUAUUCCGUUUAUAGCAGUGCCUUGCGAUUGGUGCGUUCUAUGCUACCAUUACCAUACCUUAAGGUUGGAUAUUUAACUGCACCUCCUGUGGGGACAACAAUUGCUCCACAUAGUGACUGGAAACGAUCAGAAUUCUUUUUGGACCAUGAAAAGCUUCAGCAGAUACCCAGAGGUGAACAGCGACAUGUAACUCAAAGUCUCUCAGGCAGAUCAGAUUCAGUGAAUGCGGAUAAGAAGAUUAUCAAAGUAGAUAUAGCAGAUAUUGUUUCUGUAUCAGCAUGUGCUGAUCUGACCUUACCACCUGGUGCAGGCCUUUGCAUAGAUACAAGUCUUGGAUCAAUUUUCUUGGUUGCUGACUCUUGGGAAUCAUUGGAUGGAUGGCUGGAUGCAAUUCGUCUAGUUUACACAAUUUAUGUACGAGGCAAAAGUGAUGUAUUGGCUGGUAUAAUAACAGGAUGAAUAUUAGUUUAGUGUAUCACCCGUUUGAAUGUCAAAUUGUGUAAGAACUCACUGUCCAGUGUUUUGCACUUCUCUGCGAACUUGUGUAUAAUAUUGAGUAAUGUAUGAAAUAAUUUCAAUACAAUUGAAAAAUCCUUGUUUAUCUAU